AAUCUUGGGCAAUUUACAGAAGGAAAGAAGAGAGAUUCAAAAUGAACACAAGGAAAUUGUUUUCAGUUACCGGAAAAAUGCUCAUUUCCUUUGGAAUCCUAAGCCUCAUUUCGGGAACUAUUGCCUUUUUCCCUGUUUUUUCUUAUAAACCCGAGUUUGUUGGAUGGAGCGUUCGCAUUGCUUCUCCCAUCUGGAGCGGAUCUUUGGCUGUUAUUGCAGGUGUCCUUAUUACUCUGGCUGAGAAACAAUGGACCUCGAGAUACCUGUGGGAGGCUGCUUUUGUCUUCAGCAUCUUCAACAUCAUCAGCUCUCCUGUUCAAGGUGCUAUCGCCAUGGGAUCACUCCUUCUGGGGCCCUAUUGCUAUUAUUCUUUUGCUGGGGUUUCAGGUACUAACUAUCUCAGUUAUGCCAUUUCAUCGUUUUUUCCUUAUGGCAAGUUUACUUCUUCGUGCCAAGAUCCAUUACAUUAUGAGUGGUAUCACCUGGCGCUGCAAAUUCUAGAUUUGAUCUCUGGCCUUGUGAUUCUAAGUGCAUCUUUGACAACUGUGGUCAAGCUCACAGCAAGACUCUUCCAGUUUGGACAUUUAAACAUCCCUUCUCAAGUAUUGGGUUCAUUUCUGGACACCAUACUUUAAGAGAAAUUUCAGAGAAAUUGAAAGAUAUUUGGAGAAAGGCACCAAAGAUGAUCAGAGUUAUUAAUUAAUCAAUUAAUUAAUUGAUAUUUCAUAUUUCUCAACUUCCUGUCUCUCUCUGAGAGGAACUCUGGGUGGUAAAGAGAUGGAAGACCAUAAAGACCAUAAUCGUGAGACUUGAAACAAGAACAAUGAGAAGAAUUUGGACAGUGCUGUUUAAAUACUUAAAAGUAUAUUACAGAAAGGUCAAGACUUGUUCUCCACCAUUCCUGGAUAAUGGAUAGAGAGGAUCAUGGAUUUAAGUUACAGGAAAGCAGAUUCUGAUUGAACGUUGGGGAAAACAUUCUUUUUAAAAAAGCAGUUGAACAGUGGCACCAAUUACCCCAGAAAGUGGAUUUCUUUUUUUUUCC